AAAGAUCUGCCCACACAAGCAGCAGCAGCAGUAAAGUUGACCAGGCUGACGUGUUGUCCUCUCAAGCUUUUCUUUUACUGCACUGAUCAGCUGUAAGACUUUACUAAACCACCAGCACCACCGGCACUGACAGGAUGGAUCUGGAAGAGUGGAGGUCUAGCUUCCAGAGUGAGGCUGACGGUCUCCUGCAUGGAGACACUUGGACUCUGGAGUUUAAUUCCAGUAUUCAGCCCGAACAUCCUCAGCCCGGAUGGAAGGAGUACAUCAGGAAGACCAGUGCAAGGUUUCAGUGCAGCCUGUGUCGAAGGGGCUGGCCCUCCAACCGAGUGAUGGUGUACCUCCACAUGCGUCUGGAGGGCAGCACUGGCACCGUCAAAGUGAAGCGCUUCCGUCAGAACUGCAAAAGGUGCAGAAAUGCCCCAAUGGUGGAUCCCAUCGUAGAGUCGGAGAACAUCACCAUCCUCAUGAAGAACCUGGUGAAGAAGAUAAGAAUUAAGUGCUACAACGAAGACCUGGAUCAAGGCAACUACAAUCACACGAAGAUCGAAGUCAAAAGUCCCCACGAGCCUGCCCACUGCGAGGGAUGUAUUCAAGGCUUCUGUACAAAAGAGUGAACCAUGCUUCAUGAUCACACAGUUUUGUGGCGUUGCUUUUGGCAUGACUUGUAUCUCAGUUUCUUUGAUAAAUGUACCUAAAAAUAAUACCUUGCCCAGAUGUUAUAUCCUGGGGGGGAGGGGUGUGUUGUUUUGAGUGGAGGCAGAGGUGUGGUGUAGAGAAACGGGAAAUAUUUGCUGAUAUGAAAAGAGAAGUGUUUUGAAGAUGUAGAAGAAAUAUGAAUGUUGUGCAGAGGUCUUCUCUGUGCAUUAGUCGAUAUAAUCAAAACCUCUGUGUGUGAUGUAAGAUUAUAACAGUAGGCUUUGGUCUCCAGGCAUAAGUGACCAUGUAACCGAUCUAAACAGAGAGGAGUUACAAUUUCAUAUUCUGUGUGUAAAUAUAUUUUUAUUUAGCUUUUUCACAUAGCCGGUUAGAUGACUAUUUGGUGUUGACAUCGAGCUGAGCAGCUUGAGACUUCCGUGCUCCACCCUGAUCAUUAUCUAACCGAAAACUUAAGUUUCGUUUUCCUCUAACUGUUGGCAGGAUGACAUCACUUUCGGUUUGCUGGACAGGACAGACACAGCCCCAUUGUGCAGUAAGAAAAAUGUUGAACAGGCAUCUUUUUCACAAGCUGUUCAUUUAGUUUGCGCAUCAGCUGACUUUAAAGCCACCAGGAUCACUUGUACAGACAGGAUGAAGCACAAAAAUAAAAUAAUUCGUCCUCAAA